AUGCUUUCCAAAACUGGUAUCCUCAUGGCGCUUGGCGCCUAUGGAGGUUUGGCUGCCGCCCUGCCUACGGAAGAUGUGCCCGCAGCGUUGGAACGCGCAUUUAUUAAUCCCAGCUUUAACCACACAGAGCAUCUAGAGCUUGCUUCUCGCGCGGCAGGGUGCGGAGAUCCUCCAGCUGAAAAUCCACGUGCCCUAUGUGGAGCGUUGUUCCAAGGUGACUGGAAGGCAGCUGCUUUAGCCGCUGCACCGCAAUUCAACUUUGCCCGCGAGAACCCAAGCUACGAGGCCUGCUACCCUGAGGGGGCGACGAAUACCAAGGGUGAUGGGAUCAACCCCGGCACCGGAGCACCCAACGGCCUCAGUCCCGGCAAGGACUGCACCAACCCUGGAAAAUACACCGGCUCGUUCUCAGAUGGAGAUCCUUUUCCCGUUUACGUGGAUAUUCGUUACUGCGACGGGCCGCAGCCCACCUGGCGUAUUCUGUACAAUCUCUACUACGUCCAUGACUCGACCCACAAGCAUGAUUGGGAGGUAGCUGCCGUUGUGUGGAAGAAAACCAACCACGAGGGGUGGUGGACUCGUCACGCCGUUGUCAUGUCCAUGCACAGUAAAGAGAAGAACUACAAGUGGGAAGACCUAUUUACGGUGGACGGACCGGAAGAUAAGAAGCGAGUCGAGAAGGACGGUGGCCAGAAGCGCAACCAUCCCAACCUCUACAUUGGCAUGUGGAAGAACGGCUUCUUCUACAACCAGAAGACUUCCUGUCACGGGCAGUGGUGCUCCACCAACGACGACGAGUACCGCAGCAACGACUGGGUCCGCAUCCCUACCGCCAGUGAGCUCAGGGCCGCCUCGGACCUCAACAAGGACUGGAAGUGGGGUGGCACGACGAAGCCCUACGACCGUAUGUUGAAAGCUUGCGACUGGGAGAUCCCAGCCAUUUAG